AUUUUGCCAGCUGUCGCAUCCCCGGUCCCAGCAACCGCCCCUAGGCCUUCUUGGUCUGUUCUUAGAUCCACGGCCAACAAUAUUCGUUUCUUCGCUGCGCAAAUCUCCCCGACACGGAGUCUCGAACUGCCGCCCAAUCUCACCGACCGUCCGCGAUCGCCCACCGUGCAGCCAUGUUCCCUGCCCCGUCACUCUAAUUCGACGCACAAUUGAAUCCCGUGGCAGAAUACCUCCAGCAGCAUAUGAUUACGACCUCCUGCCCCGUGCCAUCCCCGCCGCCCGCCGCUGCCAGCCAUGUUAUUCUUCCGCGGCGGAGUUAACAGUCCGCGCCGGCGCAACCAAGAAAAAGCGAUCUUCUGCACUAUCCUCAUCAUCUACGCCCUAUACUUCCUCUUCUUUGCCGGGAGCUCCGACCCCAAACGGGCCGAGACGUCUGCCCAAGAUGUGGUGAAGGGAGGGCCACAUCGGGACUCACGGUCGGGGCAGGCUUCCCCGUCCGCGUCGGCUGCUGCGCGACAGCGCCAGACCAUCACCAAAGCGAUGGUGGUGGCCAGUCUCACGGGCGACGACGUGUCAUGGCUGUACGAAUACUUUCCCGAAUGGCAUAAGAGCGUGUAUGUAGUGGAUGACAAGAAAGCCAAGUUGACGGUCAACUUGAAUAAGGGGAGGGAAUCAAUGGUGUAUCUGACGUAUAUAAUCGAUAAUUACGAUAAUCUCCCCGACUCGAUCCUCUUCAUCCACCCCGAACGAUACCAAUGGCACAAUGACGACCCAUAUUACGACGGCGUGCCCGUCCUGCGCAACUUCCAGGUCCCCUACCUCCAGAAACAGGGCUAUGUGAAUCUGCGGUGUGCUUGGGUCCUAGGCUGUCCGGCGGAGAUCCAUCCGCUUACCGAUUCACAUCGCAGCGAUGUCCACGCGGGGGAAUAUUUCAAGACCGGGUUUAUGGAAUUGUUCCCGGGGGUCGAGGUUCCCGACGAAGUGGGGGUUUCAUGUUGCGCCCAAUUCGCCGUCACAAGCUGGAAGAUCCGCGAGCGGCCAAAGAGCGACUACGUGCGGUACAGGAAGUGGUUGGCCGAGACGACACUGCCGGAUUCUCUUAGUGGACGGAUCAUGGAAUACUCAUGGCAUAUGAUUUUCGGCAAGGCUCCGGUGUACUGUCCAACGGCAGAAGAAUGCUACUGUAAGGUAUUUGGGCUGUGCGAUUUAGAUUGUCCUACUGAGGGAGAUUGCGCUGGUCGCUAUGUUCUCCCACCAUACUCUUCUCUCCCGAAGGGAUGGCCGUACAUUGGCUGGAAGGGUCAAAAACAGGACCCCAGCAAAGGACUUCCGGAGGCUUGAUAGGUUUACGACUAAUUUCCGCUGUGAUGUUCGAGUAUAUGUGGAGACGUAAUCCCGGUAUGUCGCUCGCUGGGACUGGCCAGGAUAUCCAGCAGGACACUCCGUGAUCGAAUGAAUAUAGGUCUAUACCUCGACAGGGCAGCACGUCUGACAAGUGGGACGCAGCACCGCGCACCGACCGGUUCACUGGAAUCAGCUUGAGAAAGUGAGAUAUCACCAGCUAUCCCACCACCCAAGCGCGGUUUGACAUAUCAGCAAUCUCGAUGGGUUAAUCGACAGCUGUCACAACUGAUGUACAUGUACUAUAACUACCCUAUUCCAUUCCAUGUGAAGUAGUAAUCAUGACUAAAAUAUACUUACCAC